ACAAGCAGCGCGAAGCAUGCGCAUGAGGGCCCCGCGAUAAGGGGAAUCCAAUUAGUUAUUUACGGUAACAGAAGUCGAAUGAAUUUAGAGCCUCUGCGCUUCCCGUAGUGCGGACUGUACCAAGCCGGCCGGGGGAGAGGUGCAUCGCGGCCAAGCCCGGCCGUUCGCCCAGCGCCUUUGGGCAGACGCACGCAGUGGCCGGCUGUGUCAGUUGAGGCGCACGCAGGGAGGCGGAUUAACACUAAAUCCCCACAAUGUCCCUGAAACCACGAGUAGUUGAUUUUGAUGAAACAUGGAACAAACUUCUUACAACAAUUAAAGCUGUUGUAAUGUUGGAUUAUGUUGAAAGAGCGACAUGGAAUGACCGCUUCUCGGACAUUUAUGCUUUAUGUGUGGCCUAUCCAGAACCUCUUGGAGAGAGACUUUAUACUGAGACCAAAUUUUUUUUGGAAAAUCAUGUACGCCAUUUGCACAAGCGUGUUCUGGAAUCUGAGGAACAAGUACUGGUUAUGUAUCAUAGAUACUGGGAAGAAUACAGUAAAGGGGCAGACUACAUGGACUGUUUAUACAGGUACCUCAACACACAGUUUAUUAAGAAGAACAAAUUAACUGAAGCUGAUCUUCAGUAUGGCUAUGGAGGUGUGGAUAUAAGUGAACCACUGAUGGAAAUAGGAGAGCUAGCACUUGAUAUGUGGAGGAAAUUAAUGAUUGAGCCACUGCAGGGUAUCCUCAUUCGAAUGCUCCUCCGAGAAAUUAAAAACCGAAGCUAUACUUCUACAAGGCAAGCUGAAUGUCAACUUUUGCAUUUGUGUUUGAAUACAGCAGGAAGCAGACAAGAUCAUGAAUUUGAUCGCUGUGGAGAAGACCCAAACCAGAAAGUAAUCCAUGGGGUUAUUAACUCCUUUGUUCAUGUUGAACAGUAUAAGAAAAAAUUCCCCCUAAAGUUUUAUCAGGAAAUUUUUGAGUGUCCUUUUCUGAAUGAAACAGGGGAGUAUUAUAAACAAGAAGCUUCAAACUUAUUGCAAGAGUCAAACUGCUCACAGUAUAUGGAAAAGGUUUUAGGUAGAUUAAAAGAUGAAGAAAUGCGAUGUCGGAAGUACUUACACCCCAGCUCAUAUGGCAAAGUAAUUCAUGAAUGCCAGCAGAGAAUGGUAGCUGAUCACUUGCAGUUUCUGCAUGCAGAAUGCCAUAAUAUCAUCAGACAAGAGAAAAGAAGUGACAUGGCAAAUAUGUACACUCUGCUUCGUGCUGUGUCAAGUGGUUUACCUCAUAUGAUUCAGGAACUACAAAACCAUAUCCAUGAUGAGGGCCUUAGAGCAACCAGCAAUCUUUCUCAGGAAAAUAUGCCAACUCAGUUUGUGGAGUCUGUUUUGGAAGUACAUAGUAAAUUUGUUCAACUUAUCAACACCGUUUUGAAUGGUGACCAGCACUUUAUGAGUGCCCUUGACAAGGCUCUAACAUCAGUAGUAAACUAUAGGGAACCCAAGUCGAUCUGCAAAGCGCCUGAGCUGCUGGCCAAGUAUUGUGACAACUUGCUGAAGAAAUCAGCCAAAGGAAUGACAGAGAAUGAAGUAGAAGAUAAACUUACAAGUUUCAUUACUGUUUUCAAAUACAUUGAUGACAAAGAUGUUUUCCAGAAGUUCUAUGCUAGAAUGUUGGCAAAACGAUUAAUUCAUGGUUUAUCUAUGUCUAUGGACUCUGAAGAAGCCAUGAUUAAUAAACUAAAGCAAGCCUGUGGUUAUGAGUUUACCAGCAAGCUCCAUCGAAUGUAUACGGACAUGAGCGUUAGCGCUGAUCUCAACAAUAAAUUCAACAACUUUAUCAAAAACCAGGAUGCCAUUAUAGAUUUGGGAAUUAGUUUUCAGAUAUAUGUUCUACAGGCUGGUGCAUGGCCUCUAACUCAGGCUCCUUCAUCAACAUUUGCAAUUCCUCAGGAACUGGAAAAAAGUGUGCAGAUGUUUGAAUUAUUUUACAGUCAGCACUUCAGUGGGAGGAAACUUACUUGGUUACAUUAUCUUUGUACAGGUGAAGUAAAAAUGAACUAUUUGUGUAAACCUUAUGUAGCCAUGGUCACAACAUACCAAAUGGCAGUACUGCUUGCCUUCAACAACAGUGAAACUGUCAGUUAUAAAGAGCUUCAGGAUAGCACACAGAUGAAUGAGAAGGAACUUACAAAAACCAUCAAAUCGUUACUUGAUGUCAAAAUGAUCAACCAUGACUUAGACAAGGAAGAUAUAGAAGCAGAGUCUACUUUUUCAUUAAAUCUGAACUUCAGCAGUAAACGAACAAAAUUUAAAAUUACCACAUCAAUGCAGAAAGACACACCACAGGAGAUGGAGCAGACCAGAAGUGCUGUAGAUGAAGACAGGAAAAUGUACCUUCAAGCUGCUAUAGUCCGUAUCAUGAAAGCACGUAAAGUGCUGCGACAUAAUGCUCUUAUUCAGGAGGUAAUUAGCCAGUCAAGAGCUAGGUUUAACCCAAGUAUCAGCAUGAUUAAGAAAUGUAUUGAAGUUCUGAUAGAUAAACAAUACAUCGAGCGAAGCCAGGCCUCAGCAGAUGAGUACAGUUAUGUAGCAUGAUGUUGCUGUCCAGCAGGUGUGGUUGUACGAGAUGAUUGCUAUCACUAUUUGGUGUGUUCCUGUGGGAAGAAGCAGGUCUGUGCCUCCAUAACUGGUCACUUGGCAGCCCCUGUUUUUCUGCUGUUUACAACAUCACCAGUGCCACGUCAUGAGCGUCAAUGAAAAUGCCUAUAGAUAUUUCAAGCUCAUGUCAUUAUGACAUUUCUUAAAACUUUACUAAAAGAAUGAGUGAAGUAUUGCUGAAAUGUGGAAAUUUGGUUGGGUACCAUGCUUUUUUUUUUUUCCCCCCCUCCUUCACGUUUGCAGUUGAUGUUUUUUAAUGUAUCUUAAAAGAAAAAGUUAAACUAAAUAUUGUAAUAUGACAGAUAUCCUAAUAAUUGUAUCUACAUUAAAAUGUAAAAUAAAAAAGAUGAACAUGA